UACCGCAUACUUUACUUUGUAAUCCGCAAUGGUCAAAGGUAACAACAUAAAAUGCGUGACAGAACUGCAAAUGGGGAACAAGGAAGGCAGAUAGAGACACCAAAAUCUCUGGCAUGUCUACUGUCACUUCGCUGCACGUCUAGAACCGCGUACAUCUAACUGGACCGGGUCUUCUCAGCAUUGCCACGAUGGCCUCCCCUAAGUUUGGGCAGACAAAAAAUGAAACCUGCACAAAUUCGAUAGACUUGGAACUCUUUCUACAUUAUUCACUUCUUCCCUCCGUUGCCAUAAUUGUGGUGCUGUCCUGCCUUGAAAAAAGAGCCAGGAGAAGCCUCAUAGAUGAAAAGUGUCGUCUUCUCAACAGGAGGUGUGGAGUUGUGAUACCCUUGGAUUCGGUGGGGGCAUUCAGCAAUCGGUGGUCACUGGGUUUCGCCUUCGGAGCUACAGCCAACAAAGUCAUGAUCAUGUUUUCGGAAGGGUACCGGCCAGGGCAAUUGAUGCCGCAAUGGGCUCAAGCCAUUGUUCUUCUUAUCGGUGCCACGGAAGUAGGUCUUUCCUCCUAUCCAUUCUUCGCUUGCCUUUCGACACGUUUCCAGAUUGCAGGUUCCUGUCUUGGAUUCCUUUACACCGGAACAUGGUUUGUAGUCAUGAUUGUGGACAUUGUACAGUGCCCACAUGGACAAGCUGUGGGGGACUAUGAAAAGAUCAUUUUUUACUGGCCUUCCUUGCUCUGCCAUAUUUUCCUGCUAGGCAGAUUUGUCUACACGUUUAUGAAAGUGUCAUGGGUCCGAUUCCGAAUGGAUCUAAACCAGGAGGAGACAUCUUUCCUAGAGGUACAUCAGGCCCAAUAUGUCCAGCAACUGAUGAAGAAGCCUCCACUAGAGCAGCCUCAGAAAUUCUGGAUUCAGCGGAAGGUGUAUGAAUGGGACCCUCACUUUCAUUUCCCCAGCAGAAUGAUCAGCAUGGCUGUGCUAGCCAUAAUCUGCCUCUACAUGUUUGUUGUGAUGGAGUUUUAUGUUUACAAGAUUGUUUCACAUGAGCUGAAAACUCUGGAGUCAGAAAUUGAGACGCUUAUGGCUUCCAGUAACAUAUCCAGAAACAUAUCAGGCAUAGUUGCAAGUAUCCAGAACUUGAACGAGUUUGUUGACAUCACAGAAGGUGUUUGGAUCAUCACUACCUCCACUGCCUGUCUGACCUGUGUCAGCUAUGUGUUCCACAUCUUAGCCUGCUACAGAAAACACAUGAAGCGGCUGUGGGCAGGGCAGAAACAAUUCCUUCCGUUGGUGUUUAGCAAAUGUUCAUCUGCUCAAAGUGUGGCAGCAAUAGCAAGAUACUCUGGUUGGCAAAUUGCAUACAUACUAUGGGGAUACCUGAUCAUCCACACAGUGCAGUGCCUCUUUGGAGUGUUGUUCAUGUACAGUUUCGUUUUGCCCAUAAAGAAUGGUCUGGGGAUAGAAAUGGUUAAACAUUUGGGAACUGUAAUCCUCACAAUAAGCAUUGUUAUUGGACUCAUGGUGCUGCAGAUCCUGACAGCUGCCAUCUUCUUCCUUCAGCCGAAGAUUUUACAGACUGACAAGGAAAAGCCUUUGGCUCUUGAUAACAGGAAAGUGUUCCACAAUUUCAACUACUUCUUAUUCUUCUACAAUGUGAUGCUGGGGCUAAGUGCUUGUCUGUUCCGGCUGUUAAGCAGUGUCAUCGUGGGAGCCUGGCUGAUUGCUCGGAUAGACAGGACCAUCAUGCCCAAAGGCUAUGAAGCCGCUGACAUGGGAUUCAGGACAUGGAUUGGGAUGCUCUUCCUUGACCACUAUCACACAAACCCCACCCUUGUCUGCUUUUGCCACAUUCUUGUGGCUAAAACCAGAGAGAGACAACAGCAAAGAGGCACCUAUUACCAACACUUCAGAAAUGUAACAGAUUUUAGGGUAUCAAACAAAUCCAGGACAAGAUGGCUGCUGCUAUAUACCCUUCUAAAUAACCCUAGUCUGUCAGCAUUCAGGAAGUCAAAAUAACAGUUUUACACGACGGAUGUGCUACUGAAUCAUUUUACUUGACUAGUUCUACAGGUGCAAUGAAAUCAAAACAAAAACCUCUGAGACUGCAUUAUAGCAUCCUUCAUAAUCAGCUUCCUAACACUGAAUCAGACCAUUGGUCCAUCAGGAUGCAUCUACUCUGGUUGGAACAUUGGAUCUUUUCCAGUUCUGAUACCUGCUACCUUUUUAACGGAAGAGUUUAGAAAUGGGACCUGGGACCUUCUGCAUGCAAAGUAAAUAUUCUAUUAUUGAACAGCUUGUGGAAGCCAUUUUGUGUUUUUAUUUUUUUACUACAUCCUAGAGAUCCAUCACCUGAAGGUGGAGCAAAAUAAAUAUACUUAGAAUUUUAAAAUCCCUGAUCUCAGGAAUUUGUUUUGAGUUCCAGAACUGAACAGAACUCACUGUCUUUCCACACAAAAUAAAGUUCUGCUUACUCCAACUUCCUUCAUUUCAGCAAUAGAAUUUAGGUUAUGGGAGGAGGGAGUCAUUUUGUUCUUGCCGUUGUUAAUCAAUUGGGGGUCAGAAAUCCUUGUUCAUCUACUGCAAAUCAUUUAGAGAUUUAGUAGAUCCCCAUUUACCUUGCGCCCUCUACAGGACAUAAAUGGAAGAAGGGCUAGUUGCACUACAGGAAAUAAAUGGUAGAAAUACUAGUUCAGAUGUCACCUUGA